GUAUAUUCGAGCGGUGGAGCGGCGGCCACACUGGCCCCUACUUACUUUUUUGGGGCCCCAACAGGUUCGCAUUGAAAAUCCGGAUUCCGGAAAGCAGGAGCAGGAGCAGCAGCAGGCAGGCACUAAACACAGUCACUAAAAUGAGCAAGGAAAUCUCGCUGGCCACCGUGAAGGAGCACAACAAGCCCAAUGACCUCUGGCUGAUUAUCGACAACAGGGUGUACGACGUGACCAAGUUUCUGCUGGAGCAUCCCGGCGGCGAGGACUCACUGUUGGAGGUGGCCGGUCGAGAUGGCACCAAGGAGUUCAAUGACGUCGGCCACAGCUCGGAGGCGAGGGAGAUCCUGAAGAAAUUCUACAUUGGCGAUUUGGCGGCCGAGGAUAUUGCCAAGAAGAAGGGUCCUAUUAGCUGCCGCCACAUCGGAAUGGCCCUGGUCGCCGCCGCCCUUGGCAUCACGCUGGUCUAUAUGAUCAGGCGCGGAGUUAACCAGAAGUAAACCUUUGCGGUUUCGAGACCUUGGGACCUGAAACAGCUUCAUUCCGUGAUUCCAGAGUUAUGUUUCCACCACAAAUCGUUAAUAUUUCCACUUUGAUAUGAAAUACACUGUACAAAAUGAA